CUCAUUGAUGUCAAAUACUCAAACCCCCGGUCAAGUUGGCAUACCGGGAUCAGCGACAAUGGUUUCGCUAACUCGGUGUGGACCAAUAUCAAUAAAGGGCACAAUAACUUAUGGAGAUCCGCCUAUAUUGAUCCAGGCAAUGGAGCUUGGACUUCUUUCGAGCACGAUCAUUGGAUCCCUGAAGCUUUGUUGCCUGAUUCUGUCCCUCGUAUUGCUGCCAUCACAUCCACCUCUGAGGCCUCAGUCGUAGACAUCAGAACCACCUCCAGUGAUCAAACAGUUCGUUCCAUGUACAGGUCGUUGACGAAGAACCAAUUUCCAGGAAUCAACAAGUUUCCUUACAGCUCGGUGU